UUCUCACAUCAAUUUUGUAGAACGCGUUUCGUUCGGCCGUGUUUUUUCGGAUCUUGCGUGAGGACGGUUAUCUUUUGCGUAAUCGAUGCAGAAUUUGCACUAGACUUGCCACCAAGAGGUAGAUUCUAGUGCUGCGCCACCCGUGAGUUUUUCGGAUUCGUGUUUUUUCGGGAAUCGAGUGGGUAGAAAGUGCGAGAGAGCCAUGGGAAACGUGCUCGCUGCUUCCAAACCGAUCGCUGCCGGUGGUGGCCUUCCGCCGCCCCUCCCAGCAGAACCCGCCUUCGCUGCCACCGGUAAACCUUCGGCGGAGCCGGAGCAACCGCCUCUGACAAAUCCUGGCACGAUGGAUGAACUGCACAAAAAGUGCAAGGACGUGAUGCCGGCCAAUUUCGAGGGGGCCAAACUGAUGAUCAACAAGGGCCUCAGCAAUCACUUCCAGGUGUCGCACACGAUUAACCUCAACUCGUCCAACACGAGCGGAUACCGGUUCGGGGCCACCUACGUUGGCACCAAGCAGACCUCCCCCACGGAAGCGUUCCCGGUGAUCCUCGGGGACAUUGAUCCGGCCGGCAACCUGAACGCGAACAUCAUCCACCAGCUGACGCCGUUCGUGCGCUGCAAGUUUGCGUCCCAAAUCCAGAACAGCAAGAUCACUGCCGCCCAGCUCGCAACUGACUUUAAGGGGGAUGAUUACACGGCAUCGAUCACCGUCGGAAAUCCGAACAUUAUCAACGACUCGGGCGUGAUUGUGAGCCACUAUCUUCAAGCGGUAACCAACCGUCUGACGCUGGGAGGAGAGCUCGCAUACCAGUACGGUCCGGCCGUUCCCGGUGGCCAGAUUGCGAUCAUGUCCGCCGCCGCCCGGUACGCCACCGAACUGUCCACCUGGUCGGGCACGAUCGGCGUCGCGGGGGUCCACCUGUGCUACUACCAAAGGGCCAGCGAACAGUUGCAGCUCGGCGUCGAAGUCGAGGCCAACUUGCGGAUGCAGGAAGCGGUCGCCACCGUCGGCUACCAGAUCGAUCUGCCCAAGUCCGAGCUCGUGUUCCGUGGCAUGGUGGACACGAACUGGACGGUGGCCGCCGUGCUCGAGAAGAAGCUACAGCCGCUGCCAUUCACGUUCGCACUCAGUGGCAUCCUGAACCACACCAAGAAUCAGUUCCGGCUGGGCUGUGGACUUAUUAUCGGUUAAGGUUUAGACAUUCUAUAGGCAUUUUAAAGAAAGCAGAGUUCAAAAUAUAACUUCAAAACAGUUUGACCCGUAAACAAGCAUUUCAGUUUCUAUAUUUCUUUGGACGCAAAAACAAAAGCACGAAACGAAAGUUAGUCCGUUAGCAAGCAAUUGUUGUACACUAAAGAGAAUAAUAAUUGUAACCCAAUGCAUAGCUGGAAAAUUAUGACAAGAAAUAAAUACAAUACACUAAAACAAAGUUAAAAGCGCUUACACUGCAAAGUAAGAGAUUUGUUAUGUCCGAUCAAGCCCGGUAGGAAUGCUGCGUGAAUUGGGUUUUAUUCCAGUCGAAACUAUAGUCACUUAACCAAGAAAAGAAUUUGCGCUUUUACGUUCCUUUCCAAGCAAUCAAUAAAGCAAAGUCACUGUAAACUUG